AUGAAGAGCUGGUCCAGGGCGAGGGCGGGGUCGCCCCCGAGCUACUGGGUGCCCUUCGCGCAGGCCGUCUUCGUGCCCGCCGCCGACGCAGGGCGCGGCGGCGGCGGCCCCGGCACCUCGGAGCAGCUCCUGGACAGGGUCGUGCAGCGCCUGCUGGGCUUCGGCGUGCCUCUCGUGGAUGCGCCGGGGCACAUCCUGGAGUCCGUCGAGAGGGCGGCCCACCCGAAGCGCGUCGCGGUCCUGUCGCCGCAGUGGGUGCGCGAGUUCCUGCGCAGCGCGUGCGGGCGCGAGGAGAAGGCCGCGCUGCCGCUGAAGGGGGCCUCCGGCGGGCAGGGGGCGCUGGGCGACAUGUCGCCCGAGGACGCCGCCAACUUCCUCGAGUACGCCAUGUCCGACGGCGACGUCGGGGACCUCAAGGGCGUGCCGCUCGUUCUGGCCGCCGACGAAGAGGUGGUGCAGGCCUUCCGGACGCCGGGGCCGAAGGAGCCUGUGGUGUUCGUUCCCCAGGGCGAGCUGGAGCGGCGGCUCUUCCCGAAAUCGCGGGAGAGCCGCAGGUGCGUGCUGUCCUCGCGCCUGGAGCAGCGGCCCGUGGUCUGGGCGCGGCUCAAGGAGAUGGCCGCGCUGUACGAUCGGACGGCGGCCGAGGAGCGGCAGGCCCCCCAGAGCGCCUUCCAGUGCCGCACGGUGACUUUCGCGCUGCUCUGGGAGGACUGGGUGGAGUCGUGGCUGCAGGCGCUGUGGCGUUGGCUGGAGCAGAAGAACAUCCCGCUGACGCAGCUCCUGCACUGGCCCGUCCUUCCGAGCCUGUCAGGCGACGGCGUCAUCACGCUGCACCGCCAGAGCGCUGCAGAGGCCCCGCCAGACGGCCCCGGCAGCACGCCGCUCGGCUGCGUGCCGGUGGGCGCGGGCGCCGCGGGCCCGGCGGCUCCGCCCGCGGGGGCCGAGGCCCCGGCGCCCGCCGCCGCGGCCAGCGGCCCGGCAGCGGCUGCCGCCGCGGGCGCCGGGGCCCCUGCGGAGCCGGCGGGCGGCGCCCGGCGCGAGGCCGGCGAGGACAGCCAGGGCGCCCCGACGCUGCAGCAGCUGGACGACUACCUGGGCGGCGCCCCUGCGCCGCGCGCUCCGGUGCAGCAGCCCGGGCCGCCGACGCCGCAGCAGCGCAGCGCGGCGACGGCGCACGAGAUGGGCAAGCUGCUGCAGCGCUGCCUCGGCUGCGUGCCGGUGUGGGAGCCCGCCUGGCUGCUGGAGGGCCACGAGAAGGCGCUGCGGUGCUGCGUGCACGCGGGCACGCCCGAGGGCAUGCUCCGCGCGAUGCACGUGUCUUCGAGGCUGAUGGCCUCCAGCUCCAAGGGGGCCUCUCCGGACCAGCGCCUGCGAUCUGCCUUUGGGGACGGCGCGGGCUCUCUGGACGCCCAGCGAGCUCUGGUCGUCUCCGUGGCGCUGGCCCAGCGCGACGGCUGCAUGUGCGAGUCGGCCAGCGGUCCAGACUGGAAGUGCCGCUGCGAGGUGGUGCGGGCUCUUCCGCUGUUCUGUCGCUUCAACCAGCAGGCGACCGGUGUCGCUCUUCUCGACGCCCGCGCCACGCCCCAGGAGAGCACAGGCGGGCCGCUGGCGGGCUGGUCGGUUCUGCCGGACACGUGCCCCCAGGUCGUGGGCGCUCUGCGCGAGGCUCGCGUGGAACUGCCCUCGUGCCUCGAGGUGCCUCCACCCGUGCUGCAGAGCCUGACCCAGCAAGAAGGCAGCCUGGUCGCCGCGCUGCUGAGGGAGCUGGCGCUGCCGAGGCUGCGAUGGGCGGACCUGCUGCUUCACCGGGUGUUUCCCUGGGCGAUGCAAGCGGCUGACCCGAAGGCAUGCCAAGGGUUGAUGGAAGUUGUGGUGAAGCGUUGGCGCGAGAUGGAGCUUUCGGGCAACGAGCGUUGCCUCGAGGCCUUGCAGCGCGUGCCCUUCGUGGGCACCGUGAGCGGGAAGAUUCUCAGCGCUGCGCAGGUGCUCGAUCCCAAGGUGGAGAAGUUGCGUCGUCUGUACGGCGGCAAUGGGACCAUCGGUCCGUUCCCAGAGCCCCGCUUCCUCUCGGCAGAGUGCCGACAGGUUCUCCGCUACAGGACCGAGCUGGAGUACGACGAGCUGAACGAGAGGCUCGUGUGGCUGCACGAACAGGAGGCCGCCCGCAGGGCCCCAGCGCAACCACCGCCCCUGCGGGCACGUGCUCCGCCGCAGCCUGCCGGCAGCCCACCGGCUCCUCGUGUCCUGCCGGGGCAAGCCGCAGGUGCCGCAGGUGCCGCAGCGGCCCCCACGGCACCUGCGGCCGCCGCCGCCGCAGGCGCGCCCAAGGCCGCCGACGCUGCCUCCUCGCCCGUGGCUGCGCCAGCGGCCGACCUCGCGGAGCCUGUGCAGAAAGGGCUGGCGCCUGGGGUGGCCACAGUCGCCGAGGCUCUGAUGCACUACAAGCCCAAGUCAAGGGAGUCGAGCCUCUGGACCGAUUUCACCAGCAUGCUCGCCGGCACCAUAGAGUCCAAGCUGAAGGCGUGCUUCUGGCUACCCCCGGUGCCGCCCCCGCUGGACUGGCCCGCCGGGGCGCCGUGGUUCGGGGCGUCCUGCGGCCUCUGCUGCGCCGCGGAGGUCCGCGUCGCCUCCGAGGAGGCGCUGGUCGGCAUGCCGCCCGCGGCCCCGCGGGGGGCCGCCGCGGCGCCCGAGGCUGGGCAGGCCACCUCCGCCACGCGCCCUCCGCGGGCCUUCCUGGAGGCGGUGGGCCUCGGGGAGCGGCCCGAGCCCGAGCUGAUGCUGCAGCAGCUGGAGAGGCUCGAGGCAUGGACGGGCGCCCUGGCGGCCGAGAGUGCGGAGGCGCACGGGCCCUGGCUCACACGCUGCCUAUACGACCACCUCUACCCGGCCGUGCUCUCGGGCAGAGAGGACGGGGCGUCGCGUAUAAUGGACCACUCGGCUCUCAGGCUGUGGGUCCCGGGCGCCUGCGCGUUUGUGCCCCCGGAGCGGAUCGCGAAGCAGCCCAUCGAGUUCCCGCCCUACCUGGUCCGGGCACCGGCAGAGUGGGAGAAGAAAGUGCCAAAGCUCUGGGCCACCAUCAAGGACACCUUCGCGGUGCAGGACUGCACGCAGGCCCUGACGCUCAUCCAGGACUCCUUGGAGAAGGCCUCCCUGGCGCAGCUCAGCGCAGAGAGCCUGGAGCUCGCGGUCCGGCUCGUCAUGGCGAUCACCGACAUGCUGCAGCAGGAGCGCAGCGCGGGCGUGGCGAACCCCAGGGGCCAGGUGCGGAUCCUCAUGCCGACGAGCGAGCGGGCGCUGCGACCCGUGGAGGAGUGCGUGUUCAACAACAUGACCUGGCUGCCGGACGUGGAGACGGCGGACCUCAGCCUGGGCAGCUACCGGCUGGUGCACCCGAAGAUCUCCCACACGGUGGCGCACACGUGCGGCUGCCGAGGACUGUCGCUCGUCUACGCGGCCGAGGCCACCGACACCGCCGGCGCCGCCUGGUACGAGGCCGCGGGCCAGAGCGAGCCGAUGACGACCAGGCUGAAGAACCUGCUGAAGGACUACCCGUCCGACAUCAGCAUGUUCAAGGAGAUGGUGCAGAACGCCGACGACGCGGGGGCCACCAAAGUGCACUUUGUGUGGGACUGGAGGCAGCACCGCAGCCAGUCCCUCCUGACCCCGGACAUGGACCGCUGGCAGGGCCCGGCGCUGUGGAUCUUCAACGACGCCUGCUUCUCGGAGCGCGACUUCGAGAGCAUCUGCCGCCUCGGCGUGGGCGGCAAGCGCGAGGCCGCGCGGAAGAUCGGGCGCUUCGGCCUCGGGUUCAACUCCGUGUACAACUUCACGGACCUGCCCAGCAUCCUGAGCGACGACGUGGUCCUCUUCUUGGAUCCACAUGUUCACCACCUGUCGGCGAUGGGAGCAUCGGUUCAGAAGCCUGGCAUCAAGCUGCGUUUCCUCAAGAUCAACGUGCUGGACAAGUUCCGCGAUCAGUUCGAGCCCUACCACGGCUUGUUGGGCUGCAAUUUGUCGAAGGGAGAGAAGUUCAACGGCACUCUCGUGAGGGUGCCGUUCAGGACCGCCGAGACGGCCAAGAGCAGCCAGGUCAGCAACAUCGCUCUUGACCGCCAGGUCGCCGAGGAGUUGAACGCCCAGUUCCGCGCGGAGGCCUUUCAGUGGUUGCUCUUCCUGCAGAGCGUCGCGGAGAUCCAGCUGUCGGAGAUCCCCGAGCACGGCAGUCCAGAGCCGCGCUGCCUGGCCCAGGUGCAGCUGCUGGCCGACGAGGUGACAGUGGCGGCGAACGUGUGGACCUCCACGCCGGCCGCGCCGGCGGAGCGGAAGCUCUGGCGCUACCGGCUCGUGGGCGGAGUCACCUGCCCUCCCGGCGAGCAGGUGUGCAUCGCGGUGCCCCUGAAGGGCCCGGGUGAGGGCGGCGUCCAGGGCUGCCAGGUGGCCCUCCGGUCGGAGGACGGCCGGCUGUUCUGCUUCCUGCCCCUGCCUCGGAGCGCCGUGUCGCUGAGGCUGCCUGUGCACGUGCACGCGCCGGUGAAUGUGACGCAGGACCGUCGAAACGUAUUGCUGGAUGACCGCGUCGGGGACAGGGACCUGAUCCAGCAGAACGUGCGGUUGUUGGACGUGCGCAUCCCAGAGUGCCUCGCGCGUUGCGUGCUGGACCUGUCUGGGAAGAUGUCCCGCCAAGAGUUGUUCUGCCUCUUCCCGACGCUCUCCGCACCCGCCGCAGAGGCGAGCUCCGCCGACGGCGCGGGAGCUUCUGAAGGCGGCGCCAUCGCCGACCGCCUGGCGACGGCAUUCUACAGGCAGCUGAUACGCCAGCAGGAGCCGAUCUUCCCCCUCAUACAGGGCGCGCCAGGCCAGCCGAAGGCUGCCGGCAGGGUGUCCUUCCGGGAGGCCGUGUUCUUCUCCGAGCGGGAGGGCCGCGGGGCCCACGGCGCGGAGGGGCGAGCGCUGGUGGCCGCCGUGGCGGCCCCGCUGGCGCGCUUCGGCGUGCCGGUGGUGGAGCUGCCGGUGCGCGUCCUGGAGUCCAUCGAGCGCGUCCUGCACCCCGCGCAGCCGCGUGUGCUCACCCCGGCGUGGCUGCGCCAGUUCCUGAAGGCGAUGUCCGCCAACGCCGAUUCGAGGAGCCCGUCGUUCCCGCUCAGGGAGAGCGCGGAGGCCGCGGCGCCCGAGGCCCGCGAGGUCUCCAGCGGAGCGGGUCCAGCGGCCCCCCCCGGCAGCGUGCACAUCGACCACCUCACGGUGGCCGAGGCGGGCGCGCUGCUCGAGUUCGCGCUCGUCGACGGGAACACCGCCGACCUCGAGGGCGUGCCUCUCCUCGUGACCGAGAGCCUGGCGACGGGCACCGUCGCCUUCCGGAGCUCGCCCGGCGCCGCCACCGUCUUCGUGCCAGAGGACGAGGAGGAGUACGACCUCCUCCCCCACGCGCCGCAUCGAGUGAUAUCGCGGGAGCUCCGGAAGGGGCACCCAUGGGUGUGGCAGCACUUGAGACAUUUGGUGACGAGCAGCUCUGCAUCGCUGGCCACGCCUCUGGACCAGGCGACGGGAGGGGGCGCUGCCCGCAGCGGCGUCCAGCCGCCCGGCUCCUUCCAGCUGCGCCGCGUGGCGCUGGAGCCCCUUCUCGAGGCGCUGCAGGACCUCCUGCCAGCGAAGUGGAACGCCGAGGUGCCCCAGGUGCUGCUGGACGAGUGGUCCACCUGGGUGGAGAUCUGGCUGAAGGCGCUGUGGAGGUGGCUGCACCGCAUGUCGGUGCCGAUGCAGCGCAUCAUGCACUGGCCGCUGAUCCCGAGCCUUGUGCAGGGCGAGGGCUCCGAGCUGGUGCACGUCAACCUGCACAAGCUCCUGCCCGAGAGCCCGCUGUUCAGCGCCUACCCCGCCCGCGCGGCCGCCGUGCCCCCUGCCGUGGGGGGCGGCGCUCCGCUGCUGAGCGAGCCGGUCAGGAAGGCUCUCGUGGCCAUCCUGCAGAAGCGCCUGGGCUGCUCGCCGGUGCAGGAGCCCCAGUGGCUGCAGGCGCCAGAGCACGAGCGGCAGCUGCGCGGCUUCGUGCACCCCUGCUCGCCCGACGGCUUCAUGCAGGCCGCCCACGUGCGCCUGAAGGCCGAGCUCCGGGGGGCGGGCCAGCAGGCGCCAGCGGGCUCCGACCCCACGCUGCGGGCCCUGGCCCGGCUGCGGGAGCGCCUCGCUGCCGACCUGGGCACGCAGGAGCUGGGAGCCCUGGUCGCCUGGCUCUCGCUGGUCCGGCAGGAGAGCUGCUGCUGCCUCACGGAGCGCUCCGCCGGGUGGAAGCGGAGGUGCGGCGUGGUGCGCGCGGCUCCGAUCUUCUGCCUCUUCUCGCGGCCUGCGGAGCGCGUGGCGCUCGUGGACUUCGACGCCCGCCGCGCGGACCUGGUGGCAGGCCGCCCCAGCGCCGGCGAAGGCGCUGGCGGCGCGGCAGUGCCCGCCGAGCCGGCGACCUGGGCGCUGAUGCCGGAGGCGUGCAGUGAAGUCUGCGCGGCCGUGCGAGCUGCGGGCGUCGAGCUGCCAACGGUGGUGGAGGUGCCACCCGACCUCGCCGCGCCCAGCUCUGCCGGCGCUCUUCUGAAGGAGCUGGGGCUCCCGCGCCUGAGCUGGGCCGAGGUCUUGCUCCACCACAUCUUCCCGUGGGCUCGCUCCACGACGGACGUGGGCGCGCGACAGGGGCUGAUGCUCGCCGUGGUGCGCCAGUGGCGUGAGCUCGAGCUCGCAGGCAACGACGAGUGCGUGGAGGCCCUCCAGCACGUGCCGUUUGUCGGCACAGUGGGAGGGCAGACGCUGAGUCCAGCAGAGAUCCUGGACCCCACGGCUGAGGACCUGCCCCGGCUGUACGGGUCUGACGCUUCGCCGACGUGCGGGCCUUUCCCAACGGCUGAGCUGUACGGCCAGUUGGCGCAGGUGGCGCAGCGGGGCCUUCUUCGCUUCCGCAAGGAGCUCUCGCUGCAGGAGCUGAUGGAGAGGCUCACCUUCCUGCACAAGGAGGGCGCGAGCGCAGCUGGGUGGGGCGGAGAGGCGCGCUGGAGCCUGGCGCGCCCCCUCGCCGAGAACCUGCUGCAGUACGUCGCCGCCCGCGUGGCGGUGCGCUGCGCUGCGGCCGCGGAGAGAGCGGCGAGCGAGGGCCUCGUCCAGCAGCCCCGGCAGGCAGACGAGGCCGCCGAAGACCGCAACUCGCGCAGCUCGUUCUUCUUGUGGCCUGCGGCCUUCAAGUUCCCCAUGGCUGGGGACGCGCCCGCCGCUGCCGCGCCUGCUCCGCCAGUGGUCAACUGGUCGGAGGACGACGUGGAGGCGCUGAAGUGCAAGGUCCGGGCGACCGCGUGGCUGCCGGCGGCGCCCGCGCCUCGGGAGUGGCUGCCCUCCGUGCCCUGGCGCGGCGCCGGCCAGCAGCUCUGGCGGCCAGACCAGAUGCGCCUGAUGCCGGAGUUCUGGCUGCGGGGAGCUACAACGCCCCUGCUCUGCCUGGACACGCAGCUGGGACUCUCCGGCGAGGGCAAGCAGCGUGCGCGCGCGGCCCUGCUCGAUCUCCUCGGCCUGCCGGCGGAGCCGAGCGGCCCGGACUGCGCCGCGGCCGCGUGGCGCCAGCUCGACGCGGUGCGGUCGUGGUGGUCGUCGUCGGCAGCGGAGGGCCGCAGCGACUCGGGGGCCUCGUUCUUCGUCGCCAGCUGCCUGCACCAGCACGUGUACCCCGCGCUGCCCUGCCGGCCCGCGCCGGCGGAGCUGGGCGAGGAGCGGGAGGCGCGGCGGCUCGCCGAGCUGUUCGUCGGCGGGGACUUCGUGGGCGUGGAGGACAUCUCCGCGGAGCAGGGCUUCCGAGAGGCCGGGCUCCACCAGCUGCCGCGCGAGCUCCUGAACGCCCCGGCGGUGCGGCAGGUCGUGAAGCGCACCUUCAGCCCGGAGGACCUGGGCCGCGCUCUGGAGCGCCUGAGGGCCCCCCUGGCGGCCGACCAGAAGCCCCAGCUGGUGGAGGUCGCCGUCAGCCUGUGCAUCUCCCUCGCGGACCGGGUCAUCGCAGGCGAGGAGCCGCCGGACGCCGUGCUGGUGCCCACCCAGCGCGGGACCCUGCGCCCGGCCAAGGAGUGCGUCUUCAACAACAUGAAGCACCUCUCAGAGGAGGAGUAUCCAUCAGCGCAGCCUCGCGGUCUCCAGCAGCGGCCUCGACUGGGUGCACCGCGACAUCUCGAACGAGGUGGCGCAGGCGCUGCAGGUGCAGGGCCUCAACCAGCAGGUGGCCGCCGAGGCGCUGGACGUGGCGCAGCGCCUGAAGGGCAAGCCGCCCCCCGACGCGGGGAAAUGGGGAAACCAACAGGUGUAUGCUGUUCCGACCUACUUUAG